AUGGAGCCGCCGGGGAAGGGCGACGAGAUGGCGGCGGCGCUGCGGGCCGCUAAGCAGGCGCUGCGCGGCGAGCUGCGGCAGCGGCUGCGGGCGCUGGGCGCCGAGGAGAAGCAGCGCCAGUCCCUCCUGCUGAGCCGUAAGGUGCUUGGCCAUCCCAAGUACAAAGAAUCCAGAAGAAUUGCAAUCUUCCUGAGUAUGCCAGAUGAAAUCCAGACAGAAGAAAUCAUCCAGGAUAUUUUUAAGCAAGGAAAAGAGUGUUUUAUCCCACGCUACAAGCCUCAGAGCAAUCACAUGGACAUGCUGAAGUUGCUGUCAGCUGAAGACAUUUCUUCCCUUGCUUUGACAUCCUGGAAUAUUCUUCAGCCUAGUGAUGAUGACAGUGCAAGAGAGGAGGCCCUUGCUGGUGGAGGUCUUGACCUUAUCUUCAUGCCAGGCCUUGGGUUUGACAAAAAAGGCAACAGACUGGGAAGAGGGAAAGGAUAUUAUGAUACCUACCUUGAAAGAUGCAUGAAACACCCCAGGGGGAAGCCUUACACCAUUGCCUUGGCCUUUAGGGAACAGAUUUGUGAAUCAGUGCCUGUGGCAGCAAAUGAUGUCCAAGUAGAUGAAAUCCUUUAUGAAGACUGCUGA